UUCUUUUCUUUUCAUCCUUUCCCGAUCGCACUUCCAUCCCAAAAUAAAUUCUCAAUGCGCUUUUUCCAGACCAUCAUCAAGACGGCAGUCGGCUGGCUCCGACAGCAAGUCGUUCCAGAACCUCCAAUAGUCACCCAAAGCACCGCUCCGCAAAUAUAUCCACAGAUCCUCUCGGAACCCGAAAACCUCCACCAAGACCACCUCUGUGCACGUCUCCAGCUCUGGCUCCGGGUCGUCGAGGUAGACCUCAGACAUGUCCGAUCCUGGGACCCAGAUCACCCUGUAAACAUGGCGCUCACGACGCUCUGGGGACGUCAUAUGCCGCUAGAGACUCUUCAGAAGGCGCUCAUUGUUGAGAGAUUCUUUGCCGGGAUCGGCGAAAAUGCCAAGUGGAGACUAUAUCUUGCAAUGUCUCGUGUCGGCCUCCAGGCUUAUGCUGACACUCGUUCUGAAGAAGGAAAAGAGACGCCGCCGACGCCUGGAGAGAAGGAAGAUGAUGGAGUCCACAGCAAACCCGUCGAGACUGCCACCGACAAGGUUCCUCAAACGCUGGCCCAAAGUUCCUUCGCCCUCCGUCUUGUCCGGUGCGCCGCCGGUCCCUCGAGCGGUCGCAUAGAAUGCGCCCUUCGUGGUGACUAUCGAGCCUCCGACCGUUACCCCAACGCUUGA